AUGCCACAACUAAACCCAGAACCUUGACUAACAACCUUCCUAAUCGUUUGAAUCUCCCUUAUUGUUAUUCUCCAACCCAAAAUCGCCUCACUCAUACUCACAAGCAGCCCAACCCCUUACAAAGCCAUAACUAUUAAAACAUGACCCUGACCUUGAACAUAA